AACUUGGUGUCCGAAUUGGUCCCCGAUCGCGCAGAUCCCCGCCCCCCGAUAAGAACAACAACCUCACCGCCGAGAUCAGAUCAGAUCUGCUCGUUUAAACUAAAUCUCGGGACUCUGCCGGGGGGAUCCCGCGGGGGAUUCGCGCGGCGUAAUCGUCGGCGGUUUAGUUGGGUUUCCGGUGAGGUGGAGUGGAGUGUGGUUCGAUUGGUUUACUUGGAAUCCGGCGGUCGCGGGGGGAUUUGUUGGGUUGCUUUUCGGAGAUUUGUGGUGGAGGAGGAGAGCUCGAUGGAUGUAGAGGAGGGCGAGAUUUCGGACGCCAUGUCGAUCGAGGAGAUCAGCGAGGAGGACUUCAAGCAGGACGCGAAGGAGGCGGCGAGGGAGGUGGUGUCGAAGCCGAAGGCUAGGGUUUGGACGAUGCAGGACUUGUACCGGUAUCAGGUCGAGAAGGGAUACACUUCGGGUCUCCACAACCUUGCCUGGGCGCAGGCCGUGCAGAAGAAGCGGCCGUGCGGCGGCGAGGUCGUCGUGAUGGAUGCGGAUGCGGUGGCGGCGGCCGGGAAGAAGGGCGAUUCGGCGAAGGGAGUGGACAAAGUCGUGAUCGACGACGACAGUGGGGACGAAGGGGAUGCGAAGUUCGGCGACGGCGAGAAGGAGGAAGGAGAGCUCGAGGAAGGGGAAAUCGAUCUGGACUCGGAGGUGGUGGAUAAGGUCGACGGAGAAGGUGGAGAGGCGAGUUUCAGUGCCAAGUCUGUCGUGAGUAAUGGCGGCGAGUGUGAGUUGGAGUUGGGAGAGGAGGAAGUGGAGAGGCGGCUGCACUUGAUCCAGGAAGCUCUUGAUAGUGUGAUGUCGUCCGAUGCAGAGACAUCAUUUGAGGAAGUCUGUGGCCGCCUGCAAUGUUGUCUGGAGAAUCUCAAGGAAGUGGUUUUGGUGAAUAGUCUUCCCUUGAAGGAUGGCCUCAUACAGCUGUUCUCCGGGGCAAUUCAAUCAGUCCAUUUUGAAUUCUGCUCCAUGGAUUCCGGCCAGAAGGAACAGAACAAGGACAAAUUUUUAAGGCUGCUUUCUCUCGUGAAGAGCAACAAUCCCUCCUUUUUUUCCUCUGAUCAGGCGAAGGAGAUAGAGGACAUGAUAUGCUACUUAAAUGCACUUCCUAUAAUGUCGGGCGCAAAAACCAGUGAUAGAGAGAAAGAUAAUCAAUUCAAUGAUCCUUUGAACCAGAAAAAUUUGGAAUAUUCAGCUGGUAUUGCUGCUUAUAAUUUAGCGCACUCGAGCGAAGUACGCAGAGAAUCAUUACUUGCUGAGUCGACAGAUCAGACUGGUCGAAACAUUACUCUAAAAGCUCCGAAACUAGGGAAUUCGGUUGCCAAGGCUCGAGGAAUGUUGCUUCCAUUGCUUGAUCUUCACAAGGAUCAUGAUGAAGACAGUCUUCCUUCACCCACUCAACAAGCACCGCCUUCUUCGACUACGUCAAGAGCAUUUUUGUCUAGGGUAGAUGGAAUGGUUAAGCCAGAGAUGAGCAUGAGCAAUGGUAAAUUGGCGCAGGAAGCAGAAGCUUUCAAAGUGCAUCCUUACGAAACUGAUGCACUUAAAGCGGUCUCCAACUAUCAAUGGAAGUUCCAACAGAAGUUCGGGAGUAGUUCCUUUUCCAAUGAUAGACUUCCAAGCCCAACCCCUUCAGAGGAGCAUGAAAAUGGAGUUGACGAUACAAGUGGGGAAGUCUCUAGUUCUAGUUCUGGGAUUGGUAAUAGUAAAAUUAUGAAUGCUCAUAUCUUGGGGCGACCGGUGUUCUCCUCUUUGCCCCAUGUUAACAAUGUCAAUAUGCAAGGAGUGACAGCUUCACAAAAUCAUGCCCUUACAAGCUCAGGGUCUAAUCUUCCUGUUAAAUCCUCUGGAAAGAGUAGAGAUCCAAGGCUUAGGUUUGCCAAUUCCGAUUCGGGUAAUUUGGACCUUAACCAACGGCCCUUGCCUGUGAUACAUAGUGCAUCAAGGGCUGAACCUGUUGGUGGGAGCAUGAUCGCAAGAAGGCAAAGGAACUUUGAGGAUCCUACUCUCGAUGGUCCUGCAACAAAAAGGCCAAGAAAUGGAUUUGAAAAUUCUGGUCUUAUAAAGGAUGUGAAAACCGGUGGCUGGCUGGAGGAUCCUCAUACAAGAGUAUAUCAAGCAAUCAAUAGAAACAAUCUGCUGGAAAAUGCAAGUGAGUUGAAGAGAACAAAUAAUGGGGUGAUAUUUCCAUCUGUAGACAGUGGUAAGUCGAGUGUGGUCAUCGGUAGGAACAAUUUGUCUAGAGUUUCGAGUGUCAAUCCUGCAGCAGCGCUGCCUGCAUUGUUGAAAGAUAUCGCUGUAAAUCCAACGAUGUUAAUGAAUCUACUAAAGAUGGGUCAACAGCAGAAAUUAGCAGCAGAGGCACAGCAAAACUCGGAUGAUCCUUCAAAAAACAUGAGUUCUCUGCCCAACUCCGCUUCUAUAUUGGGAGCAGUACCUAAGGUCACUCUUACCCCGGCAACAGCAGCAGGGACUGGGAUUUUGCAGAAACCCACUGUGAUGCUUCCGGCUGCUACUCCUACUCCCGUGUCUCAGCAGGAUGAGUUGGGCAAAAUUCGCAUGAAACCCCGUGACCCUCGCCGUGUACUUCAUGGCAACAUGCUUCAGAAGACUGGGAGUAUAGGUACUGAGCAGUUAAAACAUGCUCCUCCGGUGUCAAGGAUACAGACGGAGGAUAUAGCAGAUAAAAAAACACUGCCUUCUGAAUCUUCUGUAGCAUCAGAUGUUUCUCAGAAGAUUUUAAAGCACUCGAAGAACGUUCCUGUUAUUAUGUCUUCUUCACAAUCAUCAACAAACCCAGUGCCAGGUUCUCAGAAUCUUCCAUCCCAACCUAUACAAUCUAUAUCAGGAGUGGAUGCAAAAACUGAACUUCCAAACCACAAGGACCAGCGAUCUGGGACUGAUCCCUUGGUGGAAGUAAGUGCACCAGGCCCAUCUCCUUCACAAAGUUCAUGGGGAGAUCUGGAGCAUAUAUUUGAAGGAUAUGAUGAUCAUCAAAGAGCAGCCAUUCAGAGAGAGAGGACAAGGAGGUUGGAAGAACAGAGGAAAAUGUUUGCUGAACGCAAGCUCUGCCUUGUUUUAGAUCUUGAUCACACACUUCUGAAUUCAGCCAAGUUUGGUGAAGUGGAGCCUGUACAUGAAGAGAUCUUGAGGAAAAAAGAGGAACAGGACAGAACACAACCUCAGAGACAUCUUUUUAGAUUUAUUCAUAUGGGAAUGUGGACGAAGUUGAGGCCAGGAAUCUGGAACUUUUUGGAGAAGGCUAGUAAGCUUUAUGAGCUGCAUCUUUACACCAUGGGCAACAAGCUUUAUGCUACAGAGAUGGCAAAAGUGCUCGAUCCAAAAGGGGUGCUGUUUGCGGGCAGAGUCAUAUCAAGGGGUGAUGAUAGUGAUUCAUUUGAUAGUGAUGACAGGUGUCCCAAGAGUAAGGAUUUGGAAGGAGUUUUGGGAAUGGAAUCAUCUGUCGUCAUCAUUGACGACUCCGUGAGAGUAUGGCCACAUAACAAACUAAAUCUGAUAGUUGUAGAAAGAUAUACCUAUUUUCCCUGUAGCAGACGCCAGUUUGGGCUUUUGGGUCCUUCUCUUCUUGAGAUUGACCAUGAUGAGAGACCUGAAGAUGGGACAUUGGCCUCAUCUUUGGCGGUUAUUGAGCGAAUACAUCAGGACUUUUUCGCCCAUCAAUCUUUAGAUGAUGUGGAUGUCAGAAAUAUUUUAGCUGCCGAGCAACAGAAGAUUUUGGCCGGCUGUCGUAUAGUUUUCAGCAGAAUAUUUCCUGUUGGCGAGGCCAACCCUCAAGUUCAUCCACUGUGGCAGACGGCUGAGCAGUUUGGUGCCACCUGUACCAACCAGAUAGAUGAACAGGUUACUCAUGUAGUUGCCAAUUCUCUCGGAACAGAUAAGGUGAAUUGGGCUCUUUCGACUGGAAGAUUUGUUGUCCACCCUGGCUGGGUGGAAGCAUCGGCUUUGCUUUAUCGGAGAGCAAACGAACAAGACUUUGCCAUCAAACAGUAACCAAUGAAAUGAUACAUUGAAAACUAAAAUCCGACCCAACAUAACCCCGAACCACAGUAUAGUAUCUGCAUAAUGCCGAGCGGAUGAAGCAAGAAACAGACUCCGCUCGGCAUAAUUCGACUCGGAUAGACCCCUUUCAUACCUUGUGCCUGCUUGCCUAAGGAUUUUUUAACAUGAAUUAGGCAUAGGCAAGGCGCAAUUUUUUUGGCUGGGGUAUUAGCUCCCUAGUGAGAAUGAAUGAAUGGGCGAUAUCCUCCUUGAUUAAAGUUCGGGGUGGUUUACUCUAGGGGACAGUUUCCUUUUGGAAGUCGGGAAAAGUGGACAAAUUCCGAAACCAAACAAUGACAGAUCUCUGACGGAUACUCAACAAACUGGGGAAAGAAAGGAUCUUAAAGCUGUGAAAUGGGGUUAGAUAUUGGUGUGCUUGAGGUCAUGAUUCUCUUGACUUAGGGGGAGGAAUGAUGCUGAAAGAACAUCUGUUUUGAUAGGUCGGAUUCGACAUUAGCAACAAGUUCAGGAUCUAAUUGUGGUGUCUUAAUGUAUAAAGUGUCGUAGAAUUCGCGGAAAAGAUUAAUCAUUCGAAUUCCUGGUGUUGGUCCUGCUGGUAAAAUCACUGAUUCUGCAGAA